AUGCUUGAACGAGCCUGCUUCGACCUGGCUGAGCGCGUUGCCGCGGCAGGCUCGCGACGCGGAAGCUCGAAUCCCUUUGGGUCCGGCAAACCUUGGAAGGUGUCCUAUGCCAAUGGCGACACCUACGAGGGCGAGGCUACAGGGCCGACUCCGGCCCAGAGCGUCCGACAUGGCUACGGUGUGUACACCUACAGCGGAGGGAUGGGCCGCUACGAGGGCGAGUUCGUUGAGGAUCGGAAGCAGGGCUGGGGGUCUUUCUUCUUUGAGAACGGCGACGCCUACGAGGGGCAGUGGUUUGGGGACCACCAGCACGGCCGCGGCGUGUUUGCACACUGGGCCCCGGACGAGGGAAUCCUUGUGUACGAGGGCGAGUUCCGCGAAGGGUUGCGCUGCGGCAGUGGCUGGCUGGAGGCUCGGGAGUUGGCGGCGCUCUUCGGCACAUGGGAGGAAGGGAAACUGGUGAAGGGGGUCCAGCUGGAGUUUCCGGAGCCCGGGCUUCUCGAUGUGGCGGUGGUCCAGGCCGGCGAGGAGGCUCAGGCGCUGUCAGCGACUCCCGCGGAGUGGCAGCCCUCGGAG